CAAGAAUUUCUGCAUAGAUGCCAAGAGUAAUCUAACCCAUUGCCUUGACUUUGCUAGUGCCAUCCUUUCCAGUUGAGCUACAGGAGUCACAGCACAAAUUAGUUUGGAAGAUACAACAAAUGCCCCAUUAUAAAGAAAAAAAGGCUAUUUUGUGUUUUCAUUCUGUCAUGUCCAGGAUCUCACAGUGUUUCUGGAAGGAAUGCAUUUGCGUAUGCUGCUCUGGGUCCUGCUGAUUCCCUCAACAGAAAGUGUCACAUUUCAGCAUCUGGUUUUCAUAGUCAAUACAGGAUGUUGUCAAAGUGCAAUAAAGCAACAGUACUUUAGAAAUAAAACAGAAUUGGUCUGGACACUUUUUGUUGAGGUGAGAACAGUUGUUCGUCUUUUUUGUGAGGAUUUGUCCGAAGUAAAAAAGGCAGUCCAGCCCACAGGACAACACUGGAGACAACUGCCAUCUCACUGAAAAGUGCACAUCUUCACAUUUUCACAUGUGGAACUGCCACAAAGACCAAAAUGAUCUGGAUUAUUUUAUUUCUGAAUCUUCUUGCUUCAUCAACUGAAAAUAGUAGCCAUACUCAUCGCAAUGAACCUGUUAUAUUAACUGAGGAGACUGAGUACAUCUCUCUUCAAGGUCAAAAAGAAUAUUAUCACAGAGAUGCAGGCAAAGACAAGUGCACUAUGCCAUGUGAAAUGACUGCAAAGCUAAUGCGUGAUGAAAAACAUUCCUUGUGCAUUAAUCUCCAGCAUACCAUGGUGUCAUAUACAAGAAACACUAGGAAGCUGAUCAGAGAUCUCAUUGAUGAACAGCAAAAGGCUUUGGAAUUUCUCUCAAGUCAGAUAAUGGAGCUUAUGGCCAAAGUAAACACACUCAGUUCAGAUGUGCAGAGAAGCAACAGUGACAUCUUUUCCGUGAAGCCCAUGGAGUCCCACGGAAAAGACUGUAGUGAUAUCAAAGAGACACUAGGUGUCGUUUCUCCAAAAAUCCCUAGUGGAAUUUAUAUCAUUCAGCCAGAAAACACAGAUGUUUCAUUUGAGGUGUUCUGUGAGAUGGAUUACAUGGAAGGCGGAUGGACAGUAAUACAGAGACGGACUGAUGGUCUCACUGACUUUAAACGAAUGUGGUCACAGUACUUGGACGGAUUUGGACACUUACCAGGUGAACACUGGUUGGGUUUGAGGAAGAUCUUCAAUAUUGUGAGUCAGAGGAACACACGUUUCCAGCUGCACGUGUCCCUGGUUUCUCAAGAUGAUUCCACGGCCUAUGCUUCAUAUGACAAUUUCUGGCUCGAAGACGAAACCAAAUUCUUUGCAAUACACCUUGGCAGAUAUGCUGGCAGUGCAGGUGAUGCUUUUCGAGGGUAUGACCAAGAGCAGAAUCAAGAUACGGCCCCUUUCAGUACCUCUGACGUUGACAACGACGGCUGUUCUCCAUUCUGCACGUUUGCUGAUAAAGCUGUUGAGAGCUGCAGUGAGAACCAGAACAACACUGGAUGGUGGUUUAACCAGUGUGGCAAGGCAAAUUUGAAUGGCUCACCUUUGGACCAAGAUCUCUCCACCCAGUCACAUAUCCACUGGGACACCUGGACCAAAAAUGGCACGCUUGUCAACAUCAAAUCAGUGACUAUGAAGAUCAGGAGAGUUGAGAUCCCGAAUUUAAAAUAAAUCCAUGAAGAUUCUGAACAUGAUGUGUUAAAAUGGAACAAAAUAUCAUUUGGAGUCAAAUGGGAAUUAAACUUUUGGCAUGUGAUUUAGUCCACUGUGCCUUUUAAUCUUGGGUCACAGCCCAAAAUAUUCAUACUAAUCUUUUCAUUGUUAUGAAUGAAGGGAAUUGUGUUAUUACUAGACAGUUUUAUUUACAUGGAACACUGCUAGAUUAAACCAAAUAAUUCAGUCUGAAAGAAACUGUCAAACUAUCAACACUUGAAAUUCCCAGAAGCACUUUUUUUUAAUUGACUGUUGUACUUAGUUUGCAUGAGACAUUAGAUUUUAUUCAAAACACUCAAAGCCUGCUUCUGCCUCAGAGCGAAGAAUAAAAAGGUAAUUGAGAUAAAGUUUAAAAUAAAGCAAUAUAAAAUAAAAUAAAAUAAUUUUUUUAUUUUACAAUUUCUAUUGAAAACAAUUAGACAUUGUGAUUAAGUGACUGUAAGAUAGUGUGAAAUAUAAAGUUGUGAGAGUUAUGAAGUCACAAUUACUAUAUAGUCACAUUUAUAUAAAGUCACUCUGUAAGAUUUAAAGUUGCAAUUACAGAAACAGUUGCAGCUGCAAGAUACACAUUCACAUUGUUGGAUAUACAGUAGAUACAAGUUUCCAUACAAAACAGGUGAAUUCAGGUUGACUGGGACACAUUAAUUCUAGAUGUGAUGAAAAGCACUCAAUAGACAGUAGAGCCCAAAGAACAAUUAAUGUGUUCCUAAAGGUAUGGACUGUCAUGAGAGCUCGCUCUUAGACGUGGGUGGCCUGUUGUUUGUCCUGAUUCAUUGGCAGGACAGAGAUAAUUAACACGCUUAAAAUAAGCUGCGUAGUGUGUGGGCCACUAUUAGCAUCGCUGUCCUUGGGUAAAUAUGUCAGUCGUUACAUGUGUAUAUGUUAAACCAUCUGUACUGUCUAUUUAGAGCAAAGAAUCCUGCCAAAUUUUGUCCUGCCAAAGACUAAACAGAAAGUCCAGUUCUGCUGAAGCAUUUCAUGAGUAGGACCUUGCACUGGGCCUAUUAUGUGGGAGUCACUGUGAGAGAGUAAUGUCCUUGCUCAGACAUAAAACUUUCCCAUGUUUAGAAAGCAAAGCUUCUUCCCUACUCUACACAGAUCCAUCCACUCAUUUAUGGAAAAUGAGCUGCAAAAAUGGCUCAUUCUGAAAUCAUUAUCGUUAUAAUGUCACCAUGAACACAUUCAGGGGCAUCAUCUAACUAUUCAUUUUUCUUUUUUUUUUGCCUCACUUAUAUCCAUGAUAUGAGCGUGAAACAUUUUAAAAACAUAAGGUAUGUUAGACUAGUGAUUUUCAUUUCAUUUUUCAUUUACAUAAUUUAUAUGAAGAUGGAAGUUUAAUUUUAAAGGGUUCACCCAAAAUUUAAAAUUCUGUCAUUAAUUACUCACCUUCAUGUCUUUCCAAACCUGUAUGACCUUCAUUCAUCUUCGGAACACAAAUUAAGAUAUUUUUAAUGAAAUCUGAGUGCUUUCUGUCCCUUCAUUGACAGCCUAUGCAACUACCAUUUUCAAGUCCCAGAAAGGAAGUAAAGAGAUCAUUAAAGUAA